CCGCCAUUCCCCGCCCGACCACGCUGCCGUCAUGACGCUGCACUGGUGGAUGCACUGGUUUUGGGUGACGACGCUGCUCAUCCUAAACGCGAGUAGUAAAGAAGCCGUCGCAGCACCCCAGUCAGAAGAAUUACUCCACAUAACCCCGGAAUUAGAAGUGACGGGCAGCCAGGAACACCGCCAAUCGGAACGACAGAGUCGGGCCAUGUAUUAUACCAAAACUCCGUUAUUCACAACCCCAACGCCGGUCAUUAACGUGACCGCAAACAACCAGACAGACAAAGAAGUUGAGGCUCUAAUUGCGCCGAAUAUAACAUUACCAAAUAACACAGAGAUCGCGCAUCCAUCAGUGGAAUGGACGGCGGUCGACGCAGCGGAAGUAGCUGCAAAUACUACUAACCAAAACUCAACCCAACCGUCAACAACAUUGACUAAUGUUACGGAAUCACAAAACGUCACGUUCGUUAGCAAAAAACGGAAUCUGACUAGGCCUGAUUUCGUAAAAGAUGAUACCAGUUUGGAGGGAGUGGCUGAAAGUCGGAUCGUGACAGAAAAACCACUAUCGUUAGAGACAACGUUUCUGCAAACGCGGAUACCGCCAAACAUAGAAUCUUCUAGAAGAGUAAAAGACCCAGCUGAAGGAGGGAUGGACACUGGGGCUAUAGCUGCUAUUGCUUUCGGAGGGGUUGGGUUGGCCGCUUUAGCUGGUAGCGUGGCGUUCGUGAUGUACAGGCGACGGUAUCUGAACAAGCCUCAGACUUUAAAUGACAAAUGCUCGAAUCCAGAUUCGAGCGGAUACCUUGACGAUAGUACUAUAAGGGACAACUCCGAAGAGAUGUACAGUUUGGAUAACGACUCGUUCCUCAACUCUCUGGAGGCUAUGACCAUACAGAACUACUGGACUGACACCGUCAAACACACCAAAUUAUAAUGGUUAAGACCAUGCUCAGACUUCGCUUCCAUUAACAAAUUAUGGAAGUUCAUCUGGAUUCAGCGAUAUAACAUUGAUAAAAGGGAUCUCAGGUUAAUUGAAGGAUACGGUAGUGCGAAAAGCAAGUUCUUAUAUGGCAAGGUAAAUACAAUUUUAACGCAAUAUAAAUUAGAUCUAAAAUUCGCCUAAAAUAAUACGCCUAAUAAAAAAUAUAUGUAUGACAAUUAAAGGCAUCAGAUCGAAAUGUGACAAUGUAGAAAAUUAAUACGCAUAGAAAACAGACUGUAUCGAGGUCAAUUGUUUCAUGGCGAAACAUGGUGGUCUAUUUACAGCCAAUGUUGUAAUAUUUAUCGUAAUAAAUAUGAAACUAUAUUAAUGUAUGUAUGUAGGUAAUACUUUUAGAGCAGUUGAUAAUACUUUUUUACAAGUUCUUAAGAAUAUUAAAGUUGCCAGUUACAUAAUUUUUUAAAAAAAAAUUCGCCAUCCUUCUUUUAAUAAAUAUGUUAGUAAUACAUAUUAUUCUGUAUUACUUCGCAUUUUUUGUUUUCUUUUUUUCUUCAUUUCUAUAAAUUAUUUUGCCGUAAUAUUUUUAAUAAGGCGUAAUACCAAUUAAAAAUAAUACCAAAAGCAUAUUUUAUACAAUGAAUGAAUGAUAGCGUCCAUUCAAUUUGUUGUAUCGAAAAUUAUACGGCAAUUUCUCUAUAUUAUUAACUUAUAAAAUAAUACACGAAAAUCAGGUUCGAACUUACAUAAAACAAAACUAUUUGUCGUAUUUUAUCAUGGUAUUUUAUCUAAUAAUUUUCUCCCGACAUUUCGAAAACUUUGCAGCCUUCAUGGUUGUAACCAUUUGCGCAAACAUAAGACAUUAUUUUCAAAUCAGAACUAAUUUAAAUCACAUAAAUAAAAAAAGGUUGGCUUACAUUCCUAUAAGAACUUGCCAUUUUCACUACAGUAUCUUAGAUAAGAAUAUCGAUGCCAGUUUUUACCCUUACUUUGCCUGAAAACAGUUAAACAAAAUGCUAUUUGUUUUUAACAAAAGAAACAGUGAUAAAUGUGUUUUUGAUAUCGUCAUGGACAUAAGAAACAGUUUACAAGAAUUGCAUAAUGGGAAUUGUGCAUGCAAAUGCAUUGAGUUCUAAGUUAACAUAAUAUUUUAAUAAAUAGAUGUGAUUUUCUAUUCAUAACGGCUAAUACACUUACGUGUGAUGUAAAUAAAUACUGUUGUGAUAAUCUUGUUUAGUUAGACUAUGCCGCGAGUGAUUUUACCAUAAGUUUAUUUUUAAGACUUGGUUAUUUUUUUAUUUAUGAAACUAAUCGGAGAUUGUUGUUGUUUUUAAGAGAUAUUUCACUUAGAAAUUAAUGUUUUUUCUUGUUAAUUUGUAUAUUGCCAUGGUAACUAUUUUAGCCUUACUGGAAGGUGUUUAUACAAUAAUAAAUACCACCUUUAAGUUUGAUUGAAACGGAACGCGCCAGGAUAUUUACAAAUGACUUAAGACAUUAAGAAAUAGGUUGGCUCUGUAAUAUGCAACUGUGCUAAUAAAUUUGUUAUUUAUGUUACAUCACAUUAUUCCAAGUUUAUUUUAAAACUUUAUGUAGUAUAUCGAUUAAAUGUAUUUACAUGGGAGAAUAAUAAGGACUUUACAAAACCCUCUUGGCAACACCGUCAAGAGUAUUGUACCUCUGAUAAAUCUUAAUACUUGAUCUGAAGAGGAUUUAUAUUUACCCUUUGGAAAUAGUGCUACAAAAUGUGAAUUAUUCAUCUGUCCUUCCUUUUUAAUCUUGUUUAUGGAUACACGAGACGUUCUUUUAUGAUAUAUUCAUAUUAAAUAUAAAGUAUUCUACAAAUAUAAAAAAUUGUACGUAUCAAAAUCUUUUAGUUGAACUACAAACCUGUCAUGGCAGGACACGUUCUUGUACGACUAUAGAUAAGUGUUGCCAGUAUCCGAUUUCAAAAAUUUACUAAAAAAUGCCAUGUAAACACAUUUAAUCGACAGAUUAUAUAAAUAUGUUUUGGCUGCUACCGAAACGAUACCUAAUAAGUAUUUUAUAUUAUAAUAUUAUGUACAUAUACUUACUAUUGUGUAGGUCAAAUAUAACUGCUAUACGAGAUCAUAAUAUCAUUGCCAAAUUUUAAAAUCUUUGAAUAUAAUAAAUAUGCUAUAACAUGUUAAGUAUUUUUGUCUUAAAUAGUUUUUUUUUUAAUUUCAAUUGUUCUUUUAUAGUUAUUUCAGUAAUUGCAAUUAAAAAAGUUUUUUCUUUAUUCAAACGUAAUAUUAAAGAGUUUUGCGUUAUUCAUUUCAUAUUUUCUUAGAAUUAAUGUAAUUUCCUUUUAAUCCGAUAAUUCUUUAUAGACUAGGGCCUUGUCCAACGCGGUUCUUUUUGUAUAAUAGACAACAUUCUGUUAAUAUUUUUAAUCCUUUUGGAUAUGAGUUGCUCUGCAAUGAGGGAAAAUAAUUUUACACUCACCAGAUUAAAGUUGGCUAAAGUUUAAAAAAGUGUGUAAAGUGGUAAUUUUUUCCACUACCAUAUGGCGCUGCCCUAGUGGCAAAAGCAACUGCCCCACAUUGUAAACGUAUUUCCUCUAUGGUAUUUAGUUCAGUACCUCUAGAUCUAACAAUAGUGUACAGUUAAGAGUGUGAUCUCAAUAGAUACGAAUUAUUUUGUCACUCAAUAAUAUUACAAUUUACCAUAGGAUUUCAAUUAUAACAUAAAUAAUGUACUGCCCGUUGCUAAUGUCUAUGGACUUUGCUAGAAAUGCAGGCACUAUUUCUAUCCUUGUCGCACCCGUCUAUUUGACAAUAUACUGGAUGUAUGACGUCAUAAGGCAGGUCUAUAGAUAUUUCCGGCAGGCUGUAUGUCAAUGUCAUUUUGAUGUCACUGGCUUAUAAUGUAAUGGUAAUAUUAGCAGCCUGGAGGGUAGAGGUAAGAACCAUCUCGGUGUAUGAAAAAGUGUCCGUCAAAAAGUAAAAUUAGUAAAUUUAGUAAAUUGGUAAUUGGUAAAAUUCUAUAAAUAAGUACUUAUUUGUAUUUCCAAAGUUCUAUUUUUUUUAAAAACGAAAACUUUUCGAACACUUACAGAAUGACGGAAAUUAGUUAUUUGUAGCUAAGCAUUAUAUUCUGUGUGUGACACGAAAAACCUGACACUGCACCUAUGUGCAGUAGGUUGGCACCUACCUAUGUAGGUACUUAUAAAUUGGAAAGAUACAGUAGGCACUUAUAUCAAUCCGUAACAAAACUUGCCUUGGUAUUCCUUACUUUACUUGUAACAUUAUAAGCCAGUGACAAUUCGUAUAUUUUAACUAUUCACGUUUGAUUGUGAUUCGUCGUCCGUCCAUCGGUUGAAUUAUUUUUAAAAGUUUUUCCUUUGUUAUUCUUUUUCUGAUGAAUUUUAUUGCGUUUUUUGAGAUUCGUAUUACUGAAAAUUAUUGUCGAGACAGUGGAUCAAUUUUUUGCUUUAUUUCCAUCUAAACGUAAUGCACUGAUUACGAUUUGAUUCACAAAAUCUUGUUAAAAAAGAGCUAAAAUUUCCGGUAGUUUAUAACGCUAUUAGACUCUUUCAAUUAUUACAAUAAUUAAAAUGUAUAUUAUUUUGUAAAGUAUAUUUCACUGUCUUGAAAUUUUGAAUGUUUUGUUUAUAUAAAAAAUCAUAUCAUCCGAUAAACAAUUAAGAUAUAAUAACAUAGACUUGUUGGCAGUACCGGCAUAUUACAAGCGAUUUUGUAUGUAGUAAGGAAAUAUUGAUUAUAGUUUUUAAUUGUCUUGUAAUAAAUGCUUUUUGAAUUUUCAAAAGAGAAUUUAUAGAAUCUCUUAAAUACAAUAAGUGGCAAAUAUGUAUUAUCUAUGAUAGUAUACAAGGACAUUGAUAAUAUACGAAUAGUAUAUCGAUUUGGUGUAAGAUUUACUUAAAUUAAUGUAAGUUCUGAACUUUUGGCAUUAGUGACGAUUCAGAUACGGUACAAAUAUUUGCGGAUCUUACAAAUAUUUGUCCCAAUAUGGACAUUUAUUCUCAUGCCGUUUGUUUCUCAUGCCUACCGAUAGAGAUUUAAAAAAAUUGCCGUUCAUAAUAUAUUCCUGAACACGAUAUGUAAUCAAGCAGACGAUGGAAUUGUCUCAUUUACUAAUAAAUAUUUGAAAUUAUACAGUAUUUUAGUGAAUAUUUGUUGCGUUUGUCAAAUAACUGUGUCGUAUUAAAAUAUUGACAUAAAUAGGUGUCAAUGAUUACAAAUUGUAACAAAUAUUUAUAUACCAAUUCUAAAGUCCAUACUCCAUAGCCUUGUAUAUUAUAAAGAACGGUAGACAAGACAAGAAAAAAUGAUUUUUUUUCGUUAGCCAAAAGAUUUUUUUUCAAAGUUUUCUAACGAUAAAAAUGUAGUUUUUUACAUUUAUCUGUAAAAAGUAUUCCAAUAUUUUUUUACUUCCAUAUUGUGAAUAUUAUUUUCGUAUAGCUACUGCUGACAAAAAAUUAUAAACAGUUGCCAUAAAUUAGGCAUGAUGUGAAUGUAAAUAAAUUAUUUUUAUUCCAAAUUAAUGUAUUUAAUUGUACCUAUUUUAAGUGUAUGAUAGUGCAUACAGAACAAA